GAGAAUCGGUCCAGCCCAAGACUAAACAAAGCAAACUUGAGUUGUUUGGAGGCGGAGGGAGCAGAGAAAUCCCCCAACCAAACCAAACCCUCGCCGUGCCGCCGCCUCCGACUCCUGCUCCGUCCGAGCCUACCACCACAGGGCAAGGGCUUCAUCCAGCCGCGUGCGAGCCUGACCGCCCAGUUAGACGAUGAGCCGCAGCCUCGGUAUCCCGGUGAAGCUGCUGCAUGAGGCGGCGGGCCACGUCGUCACGGUCGAGCUCAAGACCGGCGAGGUCUACCGCGGCUCCAUGGUCGAGUGCGAGGACAACUGGAACUGCCAGCUCGAAAACAUCACCUUCACGGCAAAGGACGGCAAGGUGUCGCAGCUGGAGCACGUCUUCAUCAGGGGGAGCAGGGUCAGGUUCAUGAUUAUACCCGACAUGCUCAAGAACGCCCCAAUGUUCAAGCGCCUUGAGGCCAGGAUUAGGGGUAAAGGCUCAGCUGUUGGUGUCGGCCGAGGCCGCGCGGUCGCCAUGCGGGCUAGGGCUGCUGCUGGUCGUGGCGGUGGUCCUGUUGGACGAGGUGGUGCACCCCCUGUGAGGAGGUAGAUCUGUCGCGCUAUGUGGCAAAUCAAGCUUUUGCCCUAGUUGCAAAAACUUUGCUUGAGCAGCGAUGCUAUAUGGUUGUUAAGGGUAGCUUAUCAGCAGCAGUUCAUGUUUACAGCAUAGAUGCAGGACUUUGUGUAACUUUGCACGAGAAGACUGUGGACAGUUUCGACGAUGCUAUAUUGCUAUUGAGGGUCUGAUUUGGAUAAU